AUGGCCGGCAGGAUCGUGGGCGGUGUGGAAGCGUCCCCGGGGGAGUUUCCGUGGCAAGCCAGCCUUCGAGAGAACAAGGAGCACUUCUGUGGGGCCACCAUCAUCAUGGUCAAGCCAGAGGUGCUGCAGAAAGCCACUGUGGAACUGCUGGACCAGGCACUGUGUGCCAGCCUGUACGGCCACUCACUCACUGACAGGAUGUUGUGCGCUGGCUACCUGGACGGGAAGGUGGACUCCUGCCAGGGCGACUCAGGAGGACCCCUGGUCUGCGAGGAGCCCCCUGGCCGGUUCUUUCUGGCCGGCAUCGUGAGCUGGGGAAUUGGGUGUGCAGAAGCCCGGCGUCCGGGGGUCUAUGCCCGAGUCACCAAGCUACGUGACUGGAUCCUGGAGGCCACCACCAGAGCCAGCGUGCUUCCGGCCCCCACGGUGGCUCCUGCCCCCGCCGCCCCCAGCACGGCCUGGCCCACCGGUCCUGAGAGCCCUGUGGUCAACACCCCCACCAAAUCCACGCAGGCCCCCAGCACUGUGCCUCUUGACUGGGUCACCGUUCCCAAGCUACAAGAAUGUGGGGCCAGGCCUGCAAUGGAGAAGCCCACCCGGGUCGUGGGCGGGUUCGGAGCUGCCUCCGGGGAGGUGCCCUGGCAGGUCAGCCUGAAGGAAGGGUCCCGGCACUUCUGUGGAGCGACUGUGGUGGGGGACCGCUGGCUGCUGUCUGCCGCCCACUGCUUCAACCACACGAAGGUGGAGCAGGUUCGGGCACACCUGGGCACUGCGUCCCUUCUGGGCCUGGGCGGGAGCCCGGUGAAGAUCGGGCUGCGGCGGGUGGUGCUGCACCCCCUCUACAAUCCUGGCAUCCUGGACUUCGACCUGGCUGUCCUGGAGCUGGCCAGCCCCCUGGCCUUCAACAAAUACAUCCAGCCUGUCUGCCUGCCCCUGGCCAUCCAGAAGUUUCCUGUGGGCCGGAAGUGCAUGAUCUCCGGAUGGGGAAAUAUGCAGGAAGGAAAUGCCACCAAGCCCGAGCUCCUGCAGAAGGCGUCCGUGGGCAUCAUAGACCAGAAGACCUGCAGCGCGCUCUACAACUUCCCCCUCACAGACCGCAUGAUCUGCGCCGGCUUCCUGGAGGGCAAAGUUGACUCCUGCCAGGGUGACUCUGGGGGCCCCCUGGCCUGCGAGGAGGCCCCCGGCGUGUUUUAUCUGGCAGGGAUCGUGAGCUGGGGUAUUGGCUGCGCUCAGGUUAAGAAGCCGGGCGUCUACACGCGCAUCACCAGGCUAAAGGGCUGGAUCCUGGAGAUCAUGUCCUCCCAGCCCCUUCCCAUGUCUACCCCCUCGACCACAAGGACACUGGCCACCACCAGCCAUCCCCCCAGGACGACAGCUGGCCUCACGGUCCUGGGGGCCACACCCAGCAGACCCACCCCUGGGGCCACCAGCAGGGUCCGCCCUCGCAUCCGGGGCUCCCAAGGGAAUUCACGGACGGGCGGCGCUCUGGGGGGCUUCGUGGAGGAGGCGCCCUGGGUCCACCUGCCCAUGCGCCUGGCUCCCUCCGCAGACUGCGGCCUGGCGCCGGCGGCGCUCAGCAGGAUUGUGGGCGGCAGCGCAGCGGGCCGCGGGGAGUGGCCGUGGCAGGUGAGCCUGUGGCUGCGGCGCCGGGAACACCGCUGCGGGGCCGUGCUGGUGGCAGAGAGGUGGCUGCUGUCGGCGGCGCACUGCUUCGACGUGUGA